AUGGAGGGGCUGAACGUGUUGGUGACUGGAUCCACCUGCGGUAUCGGUCUUCACACCGCCAAAGUUCUCUUCAAAAAAGGAGCUAACGUGAUUUUGACUUGUAGAGAUGAAAUUCGUGGCCGUCGUGCUGUCGAAAGUUUGCUCAGUGGCGUUCCACAAGAGGAAGUUGCAAAAGAAUCGGAACGGAUUCAUCUGUUCACUCUUGAUGUGACAAAUUAUAAUUCGAUUUGCGAAUUCACUGAUGAAAUUUGUCGGACGUUCAGAUAUCUGCAUGUCAUCAUCAACAAUGCUGGAAUUAUGGGUGUUCCGUUCGAGGUAUGUACACUUUUUACUAAUAUUUUAUUUUAA